AUGGAUGAGCUCUGUGGUCUGAACUUCGAAGUAGAAGCGCCUGCUUCUCAGGAUGUUUGCUGGAGCCUCUGCGAUUGCCUCAUCACAGCACGAGCUAGGGACCGAUAUUCAUUACUGCCUUCAUCCGUGCCUUCAUACUUGGGACACGACGUCACAGUGCGAGGCACGGACAGUCUCGCUGAUGUGGAGGCUGCUUCUUGCUACCUCAUUCUGGAUGGACUCCGGCUGCGUGGCGUUGACCAAAUAUCAGGUGAUUUUAUCCGCAUCUGGUUCACGACUGUGGUUGAAGGUCCAGACGCAGACCGCCGCCAAGUGUUAUGUGGCUUGGGCAUCUCUACAGAGCAUGAGGCAGAAACUACCGAGAUGAUGCGGUGCAAUGUGAGGAGUUUGAUCACUGUUCCACAGGAAGCGAAAAAAAACGACGUUUUGAGAACUAAGCGUGCGGGCCAUGAGGCGAUAACACUUGCUCCUCUGACAUCGUCCAGGCAAGCCUCCGCAUCGACCAGUCUCCGGCCGAGAGUUCUUUCGCUUGUUGCAUGCAACCUCAAAUCAUCCAAUAGAAAUUGGCAAUGCCCUUCUCGGCGGCUCGUGUACGGGAACGUCCGCUCUGGCGUUCAGGUUGUCAUGCAGCUGACCACGAGUUGA